AUGAAUUCGCAAAACAGAGUGAUACAGCUAGACUCGCAAUUGCUAGAUGAUGAAUUAGGGAGUCUUCUUAACAAACAAUUGGAUGACUCGAUUUCCAUUCUAAAGUUAUCCCAGUGGAAGGAUGAAUUUCAGCUAGGACUAUCUCUGCUUCUAUUUAGAUUGACUACAUGGAGAGGAUCCACAUACGGCCUAAAACUUCACAAUUUGGCUCUUAUGGGCUCAAAAAACGGACUCGGACUCAAGAAGAAGAUCUUCCUGUUAGGGCUGAUUCUGGGGAAGUACGGCUACAGCAAAUUCAACUCAUAUCUCUACCGCGAAAAUGGAAAGGAAAAAGUGAAAGAGGCUAUCGAAAAGCUGACUAAGCUAUACCAACUACUCGAUUUCUACAAUUUCGUGAGUUUUCUGGUGGGGGGCCGUUUCCCAAAUUUGGCCUAUCGUAUCUCUCAAAUAGAGCUGAAGAAAACGAAACUUGUUCAAGAACAAUCGGAAACGAUUUCUUUCGAGUUCCAGAAUAGACAACUGAUAUGGAAUACUUUGACAGAGUUCCUGAUGUUCAUAAUGCCCAAACUGAACCUAAGCUACUUCCUGAAGUCCGAUGCGAAGAUUGACCCUAAUCUGAGGUUCCUGCCUGAAAGAGUGUGUUUGAUAUGUUACUCCAAGGACUCAAACGAAAAGAAAGAUGAUUCACUGGACAAUCACCUGGUGACAAAUCCUCACGAGACCAACUGUGGCCAUGUCUACUGCUACACGUGCAUAUGCAACCAACUGGAGCUCGGAAAGAGGGAAGGCAAGUUAUGGGCAUGUGCUAGGUGUGGCGAGGAGGUCGAAUAUGCUAAACCUGUGUGA